AGCUAGCACUUUGGGAUACAGCAGGUCAGGAGGACUACGACAGACUGAGGCCUCUCUCCUAUCCCGAUACUGAUGUUAUUCUCAUGUGCUUCUCUGUGGACAGCCCCGACAGUUUAGAGAAUAUUCCAGAAAAGUGGACACCUGAAGUGAAACACUUCUGUCCAAAUGUCCCCAUCAUCUUGGUGGGCAACAAAAAAGAUCUACGCAAUGAUGAGCACACCAGACGAGAGCUUGCCAAAAUGAAACAGGAGCCAGUUAAACUUGAGGAUGGCAAAGAGAUGUCAAACCACAUCAGUGCCUAUGGCUACCAAGAGUGCUCUGCCAAAACCAAAGAUGGCGUGAGGGAAGUCUUUGAGAUGGCAACUAGGGCAGCAUUGCAGGCCAAGAAACGUGGCAAGAAGUCCACCUGCCUUCUGUUAUAGGCUCCAGGACACGAAGGAGCUGCCGUUAAGCACAGACGCAGAGGGCAGCUUCCAUUGAGAUUUGACAUGGGGGAGAAAAUUGCACAGGGCCCAGAUAAGUUUUGCGGAUGCUCAAUUUCAUAUCACCCAGUUAUCCUCAGCAACCUAAAGCAGAUCUUAAAUGAUUUGAUAAGCUUCUACUCUUUGGUCCUUGGUCUGUUCAUUAGGUUAAAUUUCAUUUUGCUUGCAUCUAUCAAACCUUUUCAGAUCUAGAAGUCUGCAGGGCAGAUGGUGGGAGGUGAUUUGAACUUGAGUAGAUGUAAACAGGGUUGAAAUGUGCCAUGAUGGGAAUAAAGAGAGAAAAGGUCCUCACCAGGCCAAAGACAAUGGGGUCAUGUGAGAGAAAGGCAGAAAAAAAGACAGAAAUAUAAAACAAAUAAAUAAAAAAAAGGUUUGAAUUAGGACCAUGUCCAAGUGGAUUUUACACAGUAACGCCUACAUGUAGUGCCUUGAGAGCAGCGGUGAAGAAGAGAAAGUUGUGGGGUAGGGAUUCAUAACUUAGAUGGGGUAUUAUUUUGUCAUUUGUAGUGUCCACACAUCACAUUUGUGAAUGCUUUCUCCCUGUCAUUGGCUUUGCUCCUUCAGGCCCAUUUUCUGACUCAGGCGCUAUGCAGGGGUAUGCCUAAACUAGAUUGUAUGAGAUAUUUUUCCCAUACUGAAUUACUUACCUGUACUUUAGAGAGAGAGAGAGAGAGAGAGAGAGAGAGAGUGUGUGUUUGUGUGUGUGUGUGUGUGUGUGUGUGUGUGUGAGUGCGCACGCAACUGUAUGGUGGUUUGUUUUCUCCAGUGCAGGUCUGCAUGCAGUGAAUGUGUGUAUAUUUGUGAGGGUGUGUAUUAACAUAUGUGUCUAUGUACUGUAUGCAUGGGAAGGCCUUCUGCGUCACUGACUUAACCCCUUGUUUCCAUGCCAAAGUUACCCCUGAUGGCCACAUUUUCUGGCUCAGAUGGGUAAUGGAAUUAACAGCUACUCAGAGUGACAUAGAAACUUUCACUUUACUGGAAGACAUUGUACUAUACAUAGAGGCACAAUCAGGUUAAACAUAUUCUGAGUUUUAGGACCUUUUUUUGUGUGUGUACCAGAGAUUCAUUUGAUUGUGUUAAUUAGUGGGUCAAAUCAUGAGUGGUAUAGUUGAUAAGUUGAAUAUUCUUUCAGAUAGACGAUAGGCUUAUCUUAUUACUAUAAUGUCCAUUAUGUACUGUAUGUCUUACAAGGCUUUGUAAGGACAUGUUAUUAUGUAUUUCAACUUUGCCUUUUACUCAGCUCUUCCCAUCCCUCCUUUAAUGUCAUUAUUGUAUAAUAACUUUUUAUCGUUGAUGUCUCUAAUUUUUUAGUAUAUUUUAAUCAUUUUACUUAAUCCUGCUGUUAUGAUCAGCUUAUGUCAGUUAUAUGAGAAAUUGUAACCAUAGUUUUUUUUUUUUGUUUUUUUUUAGUUAACUGAAGGUAAAGCUUGGGGUGCACAGCUGGAUGUUUUUGGGGUUUGGGCUUUUUUUUCUUUCUUUUUUAUUUGUACUGUGACAUAUUAGGUUUCUGGAUUUUCUUUUGCUUUAAAUAAAGCUGAUAUUAGGGUUUUCUGUUGUAAGGUA